AUGGCUAGUGAUUUAGAAGGUGUGUUUUAUCAAAUUGAUCAAACAAUGUUUAUACAGAAUUUGAAAGCAUCAAUGCGUCAAGGUUCCAACAAAGUGGUAAUUGAUAAUAUCAAAAAAACAUUACAAUCAAUGACAAAAGAACCAGAUAUGCAUGAAAAUGCCGAAACUUGUGAGUACUCAACUAAAAUUAAUUAUAAAUUGUCUUGCAAACAUAUAAUACCAAAAAAUGUGCCAAUUCCCCUUUUGGCUAUUAAUAAUAGAUGGCUUCUUGAUAGGCUCAACAUUAUAGAACUUCUGCAUCCUUCAAAGUCUGCUGCUAUAAAUACUAAAUUUUAUGAAAUUUUUGUCAAAGCAGAGAAAAAAUUCCAGCAAUUGUUGGAUAAUAUUAAUAAAAAGGAAUUCAUUACUAAACUUAAUCAAGUAAUGAACAUGCCAUUACCUGAACCUAUUAAGCCAUUACCAAUUGAAGGACCAAAGGGUAGUCUUCUAGAUACUAAUAAAACUAUUCAGCAACAAAACAUGUCAUUAAAACCAAAAUUUAGUGACUUAUAUAUUUUAGGUAAUAAACUAUUUAAAGCAAAUAUUCCAAAGUUUAUGCAAGAAUAUGUCUUAGAUUAUUUUAAUGUAUGUAAAAAUGGUAAUUGUGGCUUUCAUGCUAUUAUUGUGUCAGUUGAAAAAUCUGAAGAAUGUUGGCCAGAUAUUUGA